AUGGAUAAAUUGAGCAAGAAAUUAGAUAAAUUCUACACUCAAGUUCAUAAUCAAAAAAAGGCAAUCAGAAGCCAUUCCAAGGAGUUUGAUGAUCUAUCGGAUACUUCCAUUGAUAUUCAAAUGUGCGUAUAAGUUCCAUUAUUUUAGAAAUCAUAAGAAAUAAGAAAAAAAUACAAUGACCAAUUUAAAAGAAGAUUGAUGAUAAUUAUUAUUCAUUCAUAUCAAUAUAUUUUAAAUAUACUUUAAAAUCAAGUAAAAUCCUAUUCUCCACUAUUGAACUUGUGGUUCAUUACACUAAAACAAUAAAAAAGAAAUUACCAUCUAUGA